AUGACGGCAGCUCUUAAACACCAGAAAAGAGACCGCGGAUUGAGUGCGGAAAAUUGGGCCAUCUUGCAAGGGAGUGCUGGAGACGAUAAGUUCCCACAACAUCGAGGAAUACCGAACAUCGGUGUUCCAUGUGCCGAUCGACAUACCAUCCUAGUGCUGAAUGCCCCAAGCGUCGAUCCUCGGACAGCCCAACACCAGGACCAUCGAGGAUGGCAGAAGUGCAGUACUUGCAAGAAAAUGGGACACAUCACUGACGAUUGCUGGUACAAAGAAAAAACCGUCCAGGAGGUUAAAUCUCUUAGGCAAGUACGAAACGAUUUGUAUAAAGUAGACCUAGUGAAAGGUAAAAUAACUUAUAAAGGGUACUUUGAAACAGGAAAUAGGCAGUUAAGCAUCUUAAACAACAACAAAAAUGCCCUUAGUACCCUCUAA